AUGGGCUGCUGCCAGGGCUCAGGCUCUGUGCCUGUGGAGUCACCGAGCAAGGACAGACUGCCUCCUAUCUCCGGAGCAGAGACAACGGACAUCCGAAUCUGCACAUCCUGCCCGUCAAACCUCUACAACCACGUCGAGGCCUUAUGCAGCGAGCUGGAUAUCAGGACGGCCUUUGGCAGGAAGGGCGACUUCAUGGAGGACACAGAAGGCGAAGCUUGGUUCGGCAAGUGGCAGAACAGAGUCUUGCAGUCACUGGACGACGCCCUCCAGACGAAGAAGAGCGAAGGGCGCUUUACCAUCUACAGCUUAAUGAUCACCGACGAGGACAACGAAAACUGCAAGCUGGAGCAAGAGGACAUGGAGAAGUUAGCCAAUGCGCUACAGUUUCAGAGAGACUCGUUGAGUUUCGAUGUCAUUCGUCAACUGGUGUGCGUCCAAGACUUGACCACGGAGGUUGGUAGUUUGCCCAGAGAGGAGCACGACGUCCAGCGGGCUUACAAGCAAUUCCUCAGGUCGGGCAAGCACAAAGAUGCCUGGUCCUUCUACCUGAUGACCAUGGCAUUGAAGGCGCAGACCUCUUCACCAGGACCGUCAGUGCAGAUUCUGAUCGAGCGAAGCGACAUCGUCGGAUCUAUCCUGACAGGAAAAGGAGCUCAUCAGCCGAAAGAUUGCGAUCUUAGGUUCUGCGAGAGAGUCGAGUGGCUCAUCAAGUGUGCGGAGGCUUCACGACGCAUCAGGCCGAUUGUGGACAAGCGCUGGAAAAUCCCGAUCAGGUUCGACCCACAGAGCCGGCUCACUCAAUGGGCCGUGGCGCAAGAACUGGACCUUUCAGAAACGAACGUGGACUUCGAGAGAGAUUUCGCAAGUUGCAUACAGGACUUCGAGAGAGACUUCGCAAGAUGCGUGCAGGACGUGGUCCUAAGCAGCGACAAUAGAAAAGGUCAACUCCGGCUUCAGCUUUUCAAAAGAUGGCACUGCGCAUCCGGCAUUCAGGCGGCGUCCCAGAGGGAGGAGGAAUUGAAGUGGAUCUUGCAGGAAGCAACAGCAGCAAAGCUGCCGCAUGACCUUCUGAAUGAUGUCGAAUUAAUGCUCAAGCAGUGCCAGGAGAAGCGGCAGAAGGACGUUUUGUAUUUUGUGGAGAUGCUGCACUUGAGGCCCAAAGUGCAGUUUGCCCGCUAUCAUCGCAAGCACGAGCACGAUCCCGAGAAGGAAGGCAAGUGCUUCUGCUACAAGCUUUACGGCCAAAGGAUGGGUUGGGGGUGCAGCUGGCACAAAAGGUAUCUUGAAUAUGUCCGUGAAGCGGUUGCAGCCAUUCAGAAGGGACAGGAGGGAGAUGAGGUGGCCUGGCAAUACCAUCGCGUGGACGAGCAUGGCCUCAAACAGGAUUUUCCAGAAGGCUAUCCGGUGGAUGCAUGGUGCGAAGUGACGAAGUCAUGGCGCCGAGGAGUCGUGAAAGAGAAGCGAACAAGGCAAGAGGAUGGCUCAGCCAACGCGGAGGCAUGCUGGACCAUUCGAUGCGAGCAUGGUGACAACACCUUUCACUCUGCAAUCGUGUGCGACACAUCUCUGGCUACAAAGGAGUUGUUGGACCAUUUUGGUCAUCUGAAGCUCCGGGAGAUUUUCACUGAGUACCUUGAGCGUGUCAGCGUGCUGGAUGUCUGCACGUCUCGGCUCGGGUCCGACGUUUCUGUCUUGAUGAUAAAGCUUGGGGUGCCAACCAUCGGCUCCUUGCAUCACCUCAGGGAUCGCUUCUUCAGUGGCAAGCUAGAGGAGGACAUCACCAGAGGUCUGUCAGAUUGGCACGUUGAAGUAGACAAUGGGCACUUCCUGGAGUUCUACGAACACACGUUGCUGGCUUUGAAGGACCUUACACCUCACCAGAAAAAGCAUCUUCAGGAUAUCCAACAGUGGGAUCAGGUGCACCUGUCAGCACCGGCCGGGGCCGGCAAGACUUUUGUGGCAGUGCAGCGUGUCAUCAAUGUUCUCACCGAAGAGACAGAGGAGCAUCCUGCUCAUGUACUCUAUGUGGCUCCUACACUUGAGCUCGUCUACCACUUCAUACAGUGGACGGUUGCGCGACUGGCGUCGCAAGUGGAGUCGGGGCUUGAGAUCAACCAGCUUCUACGGCGCAUGGUGGUCCUGCACAGCCCUUACCGAGAACUUCUUUCACCUACACUGGACCAAGAGGAUCGGCGCAUCACCCUGGAACUUGCGGGCAGCAUCGACAAGUUUGCACUCCAAGUCGUUGACGAGAGCCACACCCUCUUCGCAGAGGGUGUGGACCAGGGCAUUCUGGCAGAUCUCAAGAGCCGCAGGAGGCUGCUUCUCUCGGACGAAUCGCAGGCUGCAACGGUGGGCACCAGAUACCCCGAGAUGCACCGAGCCAACCUUACUGAGGUCGUCCGAAGCACGAGGCAGAUCGUGCUGGGCGCAAGAUCCUUCCGCUCUGACACCGGGGCCGUCACAUCCGCCGGCACAGAUGGGCCGCCCCUGAAGUCCUUCCUCUUCGAUGGUUCGGACGCCAGAAGUGAGUUUGAGCUCUACGCCCAGCACGUCGCAGAUGCCAUUGCGCACGUUGCAGAUGCAUAUCCCAACAUCAGUCUCCACCAGCGACUCGCGCUGCUAGUCCCGGAUGAGAAGUUUCUCAAGCAACUGAAGACGGCCUUGGCGCCUGUCUUGAAGAGCAAGCUUCCUGACCGCCACCUUCACUGCGUCUCCUUCCAAGAGUCCUUGCGCUCCCUGCCGGAGCUGUUUCGGACCCUCGGCAGCCAGCCUGUGCAGAAGCCCCAGCAGCAGUUCGAGCACAUCGUUCUGGACACGGUGAGCGUCACAGAUGGCCUGGAGAAGCUCAUCGUCAUGUGUAUCGGGCUGGAUGCCCCGAUUCGCCGAGGUGCUGCCGACCUCGUUACUCGCGCAAACCUGUACAAGGGCAUCACGCGGGCCCAGCUGAAGGCCAUCGUGGUGAAUAAGCGCGUCCCGGAGGGCUGGUUCGACUUCCUCACCAACGUCCGUUUCUCCGGCAAAGAGCUUUCCGAAGAGGAGGCAUCGAAGUACGGCUCACAGGCCGCAGCGAAGAUCUGCCAAGAAGCAAAGGACGGCAUAGGCAGUGCCGCGCAGGAAGAAGAGCCAACGCACGACAGCAGAAGCAGAGAGGAGGCCAGGCCGCAGCCAAGCGUUCCGGAUGAAAGGCAGGCGGAUCUGAAGAACGAGAGUUCUCACGUAGAAAGGUCUCAGCAAGAGACAAAAGCUACAAGCAGGAAAGCCGAUCCAGACAUGUCUCAGCCGCAGACACACAGCACCAGCACAGCCGAAAGGGAGUCUGAGUUGACAGGAGACUCGGAGACGACGCCACAGCACGAGUCUAGCAUCUGGGACACCAGAAGCAACACGGUUUCGGCUCAUGCCCGGAAGCCCAUCUUCGAUCCAUUCGCCGAGGAGAGCCGAGUUCCGGUCAAUUCCGAAGAGUUCCUUCUCGACCCGAUGCCCCAGGACCAGCCCAGGGAGCCUUUCGAUGAGGAAGCAGAGAGUUGGCAGAAGGUCAAAGAAGCCUUUCGCGCCGACAGUUUCGACGCGGCCUCUGCAUUGGCAGCGCUGAAGAACUUCGCAGCGCCGGGGCUCCCCUACCCUGAUGAAGCGCGCGCGUUCGUGGUGCAGGAAAGCAAAAGAGUGAUGCGGUGUGGAGGUGAUGUCGAGAGAGCAGCCGGAGCUGCUGAAAGCGGGGAACUCGAGGAGUUGCUGAUCCUGCUCCUUUUCGGCGUCGGCGAGGAGCUGGACAUGCGCGACUGCUGGACAGUCCCCGCGGAGGCCUGGCGGCAGCUCCGGGACGCGCGCUGGGAGAAGCUGCAGAGAGCCAACUUCUACGCGUGUUUCAGCCGCAGCUCCCAGGGCGCAGAGGGCGCCGGCGCCCUGCUCUCGGCGUUGGCUCGGUGCAGCCAGCUCCAGGAGCUGAACAUGUACAACUGCUACGAAGUCCCCGCGGAGGCCUGGUGGCAGCUCCGGGACGCGCGCUGGGAGAAGCUGCAGAGAGCCAACUUCUUCGCGUGUUUCGACGAACGCUCUGAGGGCGCGGAGGGGGCCGGCGCCCUGCUCUCGGCAUUGGCGCAGUGCAGCCAGCUCCAGGAGCUGGACAUGCGCAACUGCUACAACGUCCCCGCGGAGGCCUGGCGGCAGCUCCGGGACACGCGCUGGGAGAAGCUGAAAAGAGCCUACUUCCCUCAGUGUUUCAACGAUAGCUCCCAGGGCGUAGAGGGGGCCGAUAUCCUCCUCGCCGCGUUGGCGCGGUGCAGCGCCCUUCAGGAGCUCUACAUGGUUUAUUGCGAGCGCAUCCCCGCCGCAGCAUGGGAGCAGCUGAGCGACGGCGUGUGGCCAGCUCUUCGAGAACACUCUGGCGUCCCAGAGCGACUUUUCCGGCGUGCGUGA